AUGCGCUCACUAUAUCGGAGCCUACAGCCCGUUUGUAAGCCUCUGUUGCAUCCGAAGCACACGGCCCGGAUAGCCCCCACGCCAUUGCCGUCAUGGACGCGAUCGUUUCACGCGUCUGCCAACUGCAGAGCUGUCGACCUGGUGUACAGCCUUCACGAUGAACAAGGCAAAGCGAAGGGCGCACCGAUACUGAUUCUCCAUGGGCUGUUCGGAAGCAAGAAGAACAAUCGUAGCGUGAGCAAUGCCUUGGCCCGCAAACUUUCUCGUCCCGUUUACGCAAUCGACCUCCGCAACCACGGCGAGUCGCCCCACGAUAAGACACACAAUUACACUGCCCUUGCCGAAGAUGUUGAAGCUUUCCUUGAAAAGCACAAUCUCAAAGAUGCGACUCUCAUCGGGCACUCGAUGGGUGCUAAAACUGUCAUGGCCGUCGCCCUCCGCAACCCCUCGUCCUGCGCCAACGUCAUUCCCGUAGACAACGCGCCAGUCGACGCGGCCCUCGCGUCCGACUUCCCUAAAUAUGUAGAAGGCAUGCGGAAGGUUGAAGCCGCAGAGCCUAUGAGCCAGAAACAGGCGGAUGAAAUCCUGCAGCCGUAUGCGAAAGAGCUACCUGUGCGACAAUUCCUGUUGACGAACCUGGUGCGGGAGCCAGGUCAGCCGCUACGGUGGAGGAUACCGGUAAAGACGUUGGCAAAUGCGCUGGACGAUAUGGCAGACUUUCCAUUCGACAAUCCGGAAGAGGCGCGCUUCAAUAAGAGAGCCUUAUUUAUCCGGGGGACGAAGAGCCACUACGUGAGCGACGAGACAUUACCGAUUAUCGGGCGGUUCUUCCCAAGAUUCGAGUUGGUCGAUGUCGACUGCGGCCAUUGGGUUAUCAGCGAGAAGCCUGAGGAGUUUAUCAAGGCUGUCACGAAUUUCUUGCAAGAGGAGUAG